AUGUUAUUUAAAAAGCGUACGAAAUCGGCAAAAAGCAACACUGUGCAUUGUGACGACGGCAACAUAGCACCACCUGCUGGAGCAUCAACUUCCAAGGCGCCGUCGAUGAGGGCAUUGACAGCGAGGCUGAAGGCAGCUCAACUGUCCUUCAACGACAUUCAGCGGUUCACCGAGGCAUUUUCUGAUGCCAAUACUGCUACCGAGGUGGAAGUACGUAUUGCAAAACUCGACGAGCUGUGGGAGAGCUACAGUGCUACUAUGGUGGAGAUCUUCGCUCAUGAGGAAUACAACGAGGAAAAGACGUCGCUUGAGAAAGAACGUGCGGAAUUCAGCGAUCGAUAUUAUGAGAUCAAAUCCUUCCUAAUGGACAAGAUCAAAUCGUUCCAGAAACCCCAGGUUCUGGAACAGCCUAAUCGAGAUGGAGAUGGGGCUUCAGCAAUGUUCGAUCACGUACGUUUGCCGCAGAUCCAGCUGCAGACGUUCAACGGGGACAUCGACGAGUGGCUGAGUUUUCGCGACCUAUUCACGUCGCUCAUCCACUGGAAGGUGGAACUACCGGAAGUGGAAAAACUUCAUUACUUGAAGGGCUGUCUUCAAGGAGAACCCAAGGCUCUUAUUGAUCCACUUCCAGUCACAAAAGCCAAUUAUAAAGUGGCGUGGGAUUUGCUGUUAAAGCGCUAUAAUAACAGCAAGCAGCAAAGGAAGCGGCAGGUACAAGCUCUCUUCAAGCUGCCCACACUCUCGAAGGAAUCAGGUGUAGACCUUCACACCCUGGUUGAAGGCUUUGAACGAAUCGUGCACACACUCGACCAGGUCGUCCAGCCGGACGAGUACAAGGAUCUUCUCUUUGUGAACAUCCUCACAGCACGAUUGGAUCCAGUUACGCGUAGGGGGUGGGAAGAGGUCUCAUCGGGGAAGCCGCAGGAUACCUUGGAGGACUUAUUCGAGUUUCUGCGGCGUCGAAUCCAGGUUUUGGACAGUCUUCCGGCAAAAUCUACCGACACUAGGGGUGCCGGUCAAAUUCAGCAGUACUCGAAGGUCAACCAAGCAAAGGUGAAGGCCAGCUAUAGCUCUACCCAGGCGUCUAGGGGACGCUGCGUUGUCUGUUCGUCAGAUCAUUUUUUGUAUCAGUGCAACGAGUUUCAUCGAAUGACGGUAUCGGACAGGGACAGUCUACUGAAAUCUCACGGACUUUGUCGGAACUGCUUCAGGACGGGGCACCAUGCCAAGGAAUGCCAAUCAAAAUUCUCCUGUAAGAACUGCAAGGGUCGACACCAUACCCUAGUGUGA